AUGAUGACGAUGUUGGAACUUCCAGAGGAUUUGUUAGAAGAGAUAUUCUGUCGUGUUCCGGCUUUGUCUCUUAUUAGGUUACGAUCUACAUGCAAAAGAUGGAACCGGAACCGUUUGUUAAACGAUAAGAAAUUCAUAACAAAUCACCUUGAGAAAUCCCCAAAGCAGUUUAUGCCUCUCAUGUUGCAGGAUUUUCGGUUAUGUUUGAUGCGCUUCAAUCAACUUAGAUUUUCACCUAUAAGGGUCAAAGGCAAACUUAGCCUAAUUGACCCUCGUUCUAGUUUGGAUCAUAUCAAAAUUUCUCAAGUCUUUCACUGCGACAGCUUGUUGUUAUGCCACACGGAGGAUAAAAUCCCUAGGCUCGUGGUUUGGAACCCGUGUACCGGUCAAACAAGGUGGAUCAAGAUCACUCGUUUUAGGCAAGGCGCUAGAUAUGCUCUUGGAUUUUACCAAGACAAAAAGUCCAACGUUGGUUAUAGCUACAAAAUAUUGAGCGGCAUGGUUCAUGGGCCUUCUUUCGACAAACAAGAUAUCGAUCUUUAUUCAAAACAAGAAUUCGAAAUUUAUGAGAUGAACUCUAAUGCAUGGAGGGUUCUUGAAGUUGAUGCAACCUUGGACUUCAUAAUUUUGUAUCUUGAUCAUGGGGCGUCUUUGAAGGGAAAGACUUACUGGAUUGCUGAAGAUAAAGAAAAGGGAAGGAAUAAAUUCUUAGUAAGUUUUGAUUAUUCAACGGAAAGAUUUGAAUAUCUAUGUCUACCACGUCAAUAUGAUUGGUAUGAAAAUCUGUCUCUGUCCGUUGUUAGAGGAGAGAAACUUUCGGUGUUAUUACAACGCUAUCUUGGAACAAAGACAAAUAUAUGGGUGUCAAGUAAGAUUUGUGAUGAGACCAAAGCGGUUUCGUGGAGCAAGGUCUUAUCAGUAGAUCUGGAUGCUUGUUAUUUGAUUCCGGAUGGCGGAAGUUUCGUUUUCGAUGAGGAGAGAAAAGUCCUCGUUUGUUGUAAUUGGGACACCGCUGCAUAUAUCGUUGGAGAGGACAAUAAUGUCAGAGAUUACGAAGCUGGGUCAAGUUCUAAGUUAUCUUUGUUUGAUUACGCUCCGAGUUUGACUCAAAUACAGCAAGAUCUCGGAGGGAAAAGAAAAAGAGGCGACGAAAGAUUAAGGUACAAGCAAACGAUAUUUGUUGGAGAGGACGACAAAGUCAGACAAGAGGAUUUUCUAUUAGGUCGGAUUAUCUCCAAUACUGAAUACUUAACAAACUGA